AUGCUACAGACAUAUGGUCCUAUGGCAGCCAGUAUUCUAUGCUGCAGAGUUUCUAUCAUCUCAGUUAUUCUCUUUGUUUGUAUUGUUGGGGUAAAUAGUGAGAUCAGUAACUCUACCUGCCCUAUUGUGUGCCAGUGCACCUCUGAAGAUGAGAUCUACUGCGAUAAAGUUGGAAUCAAAAGCCUUCCUCCAGAUCUACCUGGUUCUGCUAUCUUACUGAACUUGGCAGGAAACCAAAUACGGAUCCUUCCUUUCAAUACGUUUCGUGAUGUACCAUCCCUUCAAGUCCUAUGGCUGAACCAGAACAGCGUGACGUUCAUGUUUCCUGGUGCUUUCAUUGCACUUAACAAUUUGAAGGAGUUAAAUCUUAGCAAGAACCCAAGGUUGACCUACCUCCAUGCUCAUACUUUCCGAGGCCUCUUAACCCUCUUCUCUAUGGAUCUGUCUCAUUGCAACAUCUUUGAAAUUCACCCUCUUGUAUUCUCACAUGUGCCGUCUUUGGAAGUUCUAGAUUUAGGCUCCAAUAAGUUACAUUAUGUUCCGCAAGCUUUGAGGAAACUCGGCAAUGUCACCAGAUUGUCUAUGGAAAAUAAUCAAAUAGAAGCAAUAGGGAAAAAUUCCUUCAAAUAUCAGCAAGCCUUGCAAGAUCUUAAUUUACGAAGGAACCGGAUUUGGGCUAUUCAGGAUGAAGCCUUUAACCAACUAAGCAAACUGAAUGUGCUAAAUUUAGGACAUAACUCUAUAUCUCAUUUGCCUAAUCAGCUUUUCAGUGGAUUGGAUCAGCUCAGGAUUAUGUACCUGGAAGCUAACAAGAUUGACCAAAUCAACUGCUCACUUAACAGACUGGUUAAUUUGAAAAAAUUACAUCUUAAUAACAAUCACAUAACGCACAUCACACACAAUGCAUUUUCAUCUCUAAAGCAGCUUCAGAUGCUGCAUCUCAAUAAGAAUAAUCUGACCUCUAUCCCCAGUUAUUUGUUUUCACGUAUGCCUAAACUGAAAAGCGUCUUCCUUUCCUAUAACCCAUGGAGCUGUGAUUGCAGCAUGGCUUGGAUUGCUAAUUGGAUGGUAACCUAUGAGGGAGCAAUCCAGGGCUUGAAUUGUGUCUUUGCUCUGUCUUACAGGACAACCUAUGAAGUCUUUACACACAAAGGCGUUGUCUGCCUCCAAGAGCAAAUGACUGGGGAAAAAUGUAUGGAAUACACAAUUGAUUCGGCCUCAGGGUUAAUUGUUCCUGCAAACGUGGUCAUCUUUCUGCUAAUUGCUGCUUCUAAGGAUAUGUACUUUUUCUGA